GUGCGUGUUUCAUAUCUUCUCAUUUUACAGUGUAGCGACGAUCAGAAAGGCGAUCUGAUGGGGCCUGCGUCGUUUGUUGUUCGACUGCUCAAAUGCAAAGGAUUUAUUCCGGUGCUCUUCUCACAGAAUGAUUUCGAUUCGAGUCUCUCACUGAAAGAACAGUUCAUUCACAUCAAAACGAAACUUGAGGAUGCUGCGAUUGGCUUGGAAAGCAUAUCGUGA